UAAAAUAUCUAAUAUUGACUUCAGUAGUGACUAUCCGUGUGAUUUCUGUUUGUGUGAGCACUGGUACCUUCAUCAUGGCGGCAUACACCCCCUCCACUUGCGACACGUUUUGCCAGAAGUCUGUGGUAGCACAUAUAACAUUUUGUAACUCCUUGACGAACUUUCCAAGAUGGCGGAUACAGUAAAAAUGACGGAGAAACCGGUAGUGAAGAAAGAGAAGAAGGCAAAGAAGGAGCCGAAAGACGCAUCCAAAAAUGUGAUGCGUGAAGUACGAAUACGUAAACUGUGCUUAAACAUUUGUGUAGGAGAAUCUGGUGAUAGAUUAACACGUGCUGCAAAGGUCCUGGAACAAUUGACUGGACAGCAGCCAGUAUUUUCCAAGGCUAGAUAUACUGUACGUUCUUUUGGCAUUCGUCGCAAUGAAAAGAUAGCUGUGCACUGCACUGUACGUGGUGCAAAAGCGGAAGAAAUUCUCGAACGUGGCCUAAAGGUACGUGAAUAUGAAUUGAAGAAAGAGAAUUUCUCGUGUACUGGAAACUUUGGUUUUGGUAUACAAGAACAUAUCGACCUGGGAAUUAAAUAUGAUCCUAGCAUCGGUAUUUAUGGCCUGGAUUUCUAUGUUGUACUUGGCCGACCAGGAUUUAAUGUAGCACACAGAAGAAGGAAAACUGGUAAAGUCGGCUUCCAACAUAGACUAACAAAAGAAGAUGCAAUGAAGUGGUUCCAGCAAAAAUACGAUGGUAUAAUUAUAGCUGGAAAAAAAUAAUAUGUGUUCUUUAUAUCUUAUGAUUUACAUAAAAAGUUUAAAGAAAAGUUUACUGCCUAA